AGCUUUCCCAAGUUCCAGGUCCUGUAGGGAGGGAGGGAGAGAGCGUGUCUGUCCAGGAGCGCCCUCUGGUGGGAACAGACAUGCGCCCUAAGAGAGGAGGGGCGGGCACCACCGUGGGUGGGCCAAGCCUGGGCAGUGGGGCAGGCUGGAGACUUCAGGCAGCAGAAGUUUGAGUGGGGCCCAGAACUCCCUGUAGGAAUUGCCAAGGGGAGAAGGAAGGAAGUGUGUUUCUACAGAGAUGACAGAAUGUGGCUAGAGUAGGCUUUCUCAACCUUGGUACUGUUGACUCUUGGGGUGGGAUAAUUCUUUGUUGUGGGGGCAGUCCUGUGUGUUGUAGGAUGCCAAGCAGUGUCCGUGGCUUCUACUCACUGGAUACCGGUAGCCCCCUCCCUUCCCCACAAGUCAUGACAAUGACAAAUGUCUCUAGGCUGAGCAUGCUGGCUCAUGCCUGUAAUCCCAGCACUUUGGGAAGCUGAGGAAGGAGGAUCACUUGAGCCCAGGAGUUCAAGACCAGCCUGAGCAACACAGUGAGACCUCAUCUCUACAAAAAAAUAAAAUUAGCCAGGUGUGAUGGCGUGCACCCAUAAUCCCAGCUACUUGGGAGGCUGAGGUGGGAGGAUCACUUGAGCCUGCGAGGUGGAGGCUGCAGUGAGCUGAGAUUGUGCCACUGCGCUCCAGCCUGGGGGACAGAGCGAGACCCUGUCUAGAAAAAAAUAAGUCUCCAGACAUUGCCAAAUGUUUUUGGAAGGCAGAAUCACCCGCUGAUUGAAAACUACUGGGCCUUUGGAGAUGGGGAGCAUAUGGGCAAGACUGGAGAGUGGAUUGGGAGCUGAGUAGGCUGCAGCGACAAUGCAAAGUGAUGGAAGGGGAGAGGCGGGCCUACAGCAAGGAAGUCCACCAGCGCAUCAACAAGCAACUUGAGGAGAUCCGGCGCUUGGAGGAGGUACGGGGCGAUCUCCAGGUGCAGAUCAGUGUAGCCCAGAACCAGGUCAAGCGGCUUCGGGACAGUGAGCGGCUGGAGAACAUGGACCGCCUGCUGAAAGGCCGGGCCCAGGUGCAGGCGGAGAUCGAGGAGCUGCAGGAGCAGACCAGGGCCCUGGACAAGCAGAUCCAGGAGUGGGAGACGCGGAUCUUUACCCACAGUAAGAAUGUCAGGUCCCCAGGAUUCAUCCUGGAUCGGAAGGUCAAGAUCGGGCGAAGGAUCAGGAUCCUAGAAAACCAGUUGGACAGGGUCACCUGUCACUUUGACAACCAGCUGGUGCGGAAUGCGGCCCUGCGGGAGGAGCUGGAUCUGCUGCGGAUCGACAGGAACCGCUAUCUGAACGUGGACCGCAAGCUGAAGAAGGAGAUCCACCACCUGCAGUACCUGGUCAGCACCCUUAUCCUCUCCUCCACCUCUGCCUACGCCGUCAGGGAGGAGGCGAAGGCCAAGAUGGGCUUGCUGCGGGAGCGCGCGGAGAAGGAGGAGGCCCAGAGCGAGAUGGAGGCGCAGGUCCUGCAGCGGCAGAUCUCGCACCUGGAGCAGCUGCACCGCUUCCUCAAGCUCAAGAACAAUGACCGGCAGCCGGAUCCCAAUGUCCUGGAGAAGCGUGAAAAGCAGGCCCGGGAGGUGGCCAAGGGCGUCUGGAAGACCUCCCAGGAGAGGCUGGUGCUUCGCUACGAGGAUGCCCUGAAUAAACUGUCCCAGCUGAUGGGGGAGAGCGACCCUGACCUCUUGGUGCAGAAGUAUCUGGAGAUUGAGGAGCGCAACUUUGCUGAGUUCAACUUCAUCAAUGAGCAGAACUUGGAGCUGGAGCAUGUGCAGGAAGAGAUCAAGGAGAUGCAGGAGGCUUUGGUGAGCGCACGUGCCAGCAAGGAUGACAGGCAUUUGCUGCAGGAGCAGCAGCAGAAGGCGUUGCAGCAGCGCGUGGACAAGGUGCACUCGGAGGCUGAGCGCCUUGAGGCCCGCUUCCAGGAUGUGCGGGGACAGCUGGAGAAGCUCAAGGCUGAUAUCCAGCUCCUCUUCACCAAGGCCCAUUGCGACAGCAGCAUGAUCGAUGACCUCCUUGGGGUCAAGACUAGCAUGGGAGACCGGGACAUGGGCCUCUUCCUGAGCCUCAUUGAGAAGCGGCUGGUGGAGCUCCUGACAGUGCAGGCCUUCCUACAUGCCCAGAGCUUCACCUCCCUGGCCGACGCUGCCCUCCUAGUGCUGGGCCAGAGCCUGGAGGACCUUCCGAAGAAGAUGGCCCCACUUCAGCCCCCUGACACUCUAGAAGACCCCCCGGGUUUUGAGGCCAGCGAUGACUACCCCAUGAGCAGGGAGGAGCUGCUGAGCCAAGUGGAGAAGCUGGUGGAGCUCCAGGAGCAGGCGGAGGCGCAGUGCCAGAAGGACCUGGCGGACGCCGCCGCGAAGCUGGACGGCACCCUGAGCGCGGACCUGGCCAGCACCCAAAGGGCCGGCUCCAGUACCGUCCUGGCGCCCACCAGGCACCCCCAUGCCAUCCCCGGGUCCAUCUUGAGCCACAAGACUAGCAGAGACCGUGGUUCUCUUGGCCGCGUCACUUUUGGCCUCCUCAGCUCCAGCACCGGGCAUUUGCCCAGCCACGUCACGCAGGGUGACCCCAACACUGGCCACGUGACCUUCGGCUCCACCAGUGCCUCGAGUGGGGGCCACGUGACCUUCAGACCUGUCAGCGCCAGCAGCUACCUGGGCUCCACUGGAUACGUGGGGUCCAGCAGCUACCUGGGCUCCACUGGAUACGUGGGGUCCAGCAGGGACGGAGAAAACACAGAGGGUGGUGUGGAGAGCGGAGGCACAGCGUCCGAUUCGAGCGGAGGCCUCGGGUCCAGCAGAGACCACGUCUCCAGCACCGGCCCUGCCUCCAGCACUGGCCCGGGCUCCUCCACCAGCAAAGACUCCCGGGGCUAACACGAGGGGCACGCAGCCCCCACCCUGCCCUGGCUCUCUGUGGGGUCUUUUUUUGUGUCUCCACUUCCCUGUUUGCCUUGUGGGUCUCUGUCUUUUUCUCCCAGUCGCAGGCCUCUGUCUUUUUGCCCCUUCAACUGUUUUCAUCUGCCCUUCAUCACCGCCUCACCUAUGUCUCCCGGUUCCUUUCUCUCUGCUCCUGACCCUGCUUUUCCCUCUGCCUCCUGAUCUCCUGUUCUUUGGGCUUCCUAGUCAGUGUCUGUCCGUCUUGUCUCCAUAUCUGCCCCUUGCCUGUCUGCUGAGCCCUGGCCCCCUGUGGAUCCCCCACCUCCUGUUUCUGGCUCACUCUCCUCGUCUCCCUCUCCCAGGCUUUCCAUGCAUCCUGUGUCCCUGUCUCUGUAGCUCCUCACUCCCCAAGAGCCCUCCAGUGCUGACAGGCGUGGGAAAAGUCAGGGCGAAGACGCCAGGUUCAGCAUGGGAAAAUGGGACUGUGGAAAUAAAGUGUAUGUGUGGAGA